UCAAACUAUAAUAUUAUAUUAUCAUUAUAUGAUUAUAAAAUAUAUGAGAGUCAUGUCAGCUACAGACAGAGUUUCCUUAACUGAUGCUUUGUCAAAUGUUGAUGUCUUGGAUGAAUUGCCACUGCCUGAUGAGCAGCCUUGCAUUGAAGCCCAGCCUUGUUCUGUUGUGUACCAAGCUAAUUUUGAUACCAAUUUUGAAGACCGCAAUGGUUUUGUUACGGGCAUAGCCAAGUAUAUUGAAGAGGCUACGGUGCAUGCUAACUUAAAUGAAUUACUAGAAGAAGGACAAGAACAUGCAGUUAUGCUGUAUACUUGGCGUUGCUGCUCUCGUGCCAUACCUCAACCUAAAUCAAAUGAACAACCUAAUAGGGUUGAGAUUUAUGAAAAAACCGUCGAGGUCCUAGCUCCUGAAGUUAAUAAAUUAUUGAAUUUUAUGUAUUUUCAACGUAAAGCUAUUGAUAGAUUCUCUCAAGAAGUAAAACGUCUUUGUCAUACUGAAAAGAGAAAGGAUUUUGUGUCAGAGGCUUACUUAUUAACCCUAGGAAAGUUCAUUAAUAUGUUUGCAGUUUUGGAUGAGUUAAAAAACAUGAAAUCAAGUGUAAAAAAUGAUUAUUCUACAUAUCGCAGAGCUGCUCAAUUUUUGAAAGUAAUGUCUGAUUCUCAAACACUACAAGAAUCACAAAAUUUGUCUAUGUUUUUGGCAACCCAAAAUAAAAUUCGUGAUACGGUUAAGGAAAAUUUGGAAAAAAUCAGUGGAUACGAAGAAUUGUUGGCUGAUGUUGUUAACAUAUGUGUUCACAUGUUUGAAACAAAGAUGUAUCUAACACCUAGCGAAAAGCACAUGCUGGUUAAAGUUAUGGGUUUUGGAUUGUUUUUGAUGGAUAGUGAAUUAUGUAAUAUAAACAAAUUAGAUCAGAAAAAGAAACUGAGAUUAGAUAGAAUUGAUAGAAUUUUUAAGAACUUAGAAGUUGUACCACUAUUUGGUGAUAUGCAAAUAGCCCCUUUUAAUUACAUAAAGAGAAGUAAACACUUUGAUUCGAACAAAUGGCCUUUGUCAAGUUCAACAACUCCCUCACCUCAAGCAGAUUUAAUGGUUCAUCUUCCUCAAAUUAGAGAAGAUCAUGUUAAAUAUAUUAGUGAACUGGCAAGAUAUAGUAAUGAGGUUACAACUACUUACAAAGAAAGCGGAAGUGAUAUUGAAAACCAUGAAACUGCUGAAUUAGCUCUUAGGGGACUUCAAUUACUAUCUGAGUGGACCAGUGUAGUUACAGAAUUGUAUUCGUGGAAGCUGUUACAUCCCACAGAUCAUCAUCAAAAUAAAGAAUGUCCUGUGGAGGCAGAGGAGUACGAGAGGGCUACGAGAUAUAAUUAUAGUGACGAAGAGAAAUUUGCGCUAAUAGAAGUCAUAGCUAUGAUAAAAGGUCUUCAAGUUUUGAUGGCAAGAAUGGAAACCGUUUUUACGGACGCAAUUAGACGUAAUAUUUAUGCCGAAUUACAGGACUUCGUACAGCUUGUUCUGCGUGAACCGUUGCGUAAAGCAAUUAAAAAUAGAAAAGAUUUGAUUCGCAGUAUAAUAAUGUCUGUUAGAGAAACUUGUGCCGAUUGGCAGAGAGGAGUGGAACCUCUUGCAGAUCCUGCUUUGAAAGGAAAAAAAGAUCCCGACAACGGUUUCGGUAUUAAAGUUCCACGUAGGAAUGUCGGCCCUUCGUCGACACAAUUGUACAUGGUUCGUACGAUGCUAGAAUCGCUAAUUGCUGAUAAAUCCGGAGGCAAAAGGACACUUAGAAAAGACAUAGAUGGUCAAUAUUUAAUGCAAAUCGAUCAGUUCCAUAAAACGUCGUUUUAUUGGACUUAUUUGCUUAAUUUCAGUGAAUCUUUACAAAAUUGCUGUGAUUUGUCGCAGUUAUGGUACAGAGAAUUUUACCUUGAAAUGACUAUGGGAAGGCGAAUAAAUAAAUGUGCUGUGCGUCAUAAUCACAAUGAAGAAUGCAACGAUUUGAUCACAAUGGAAAAAAGAAUUCAAUUUCCAAUCGACAUGUCGAUGCCUUGGAUUUUAACAGAUCAUAUACUAAAAACUAAGGAACCUUCAAUGAUGGAAUAUGUCUUAUAUCCGCUUGAUUUGUACAACGAUAGUGCAUUAUAUGCAUUGACCAUAUUUAAAAAACAAUUCCUGUACGAUGAAGUUGAAGCUGAAGUUAAUUUAUGCUUUGAUCAGUUUGUUUAUAAGUUAAGUGAACAAAUAUUCGUAUAUUAUAAACAACUUGCAGCCAGCAUAUUUUUGGAUAAACGUUUUCGCGUAGAAUGUGCAGCAGUAAGUGCUUAUUUACUUCCAUAUCCUGGUGCGAACCGAUACGAAACGUUACUUAAACAACGCCACGUGCAGCUUUUAGGAAGGUCUAUAGAUUUAAAUAAACUUAUUACCCAAAGAAUUAAUGCUGAUAUGCAAAAGUCGCUUGAUUUGGCUAUUAGCAAAUUUGAAGCAGGUGAUAUUACUGGCGUUAUGGAACUUGAAGGGCUCGUACAGGUAAACAGAUUGUGUCACAAACUACUUACCCAGUGGUUAGCAUUAGACGAUUUCGAUUCGAUGUUUCGCGAAGCAAAUCAUAACGUGUUAGCACCUUAUGGCAGAAUAACCUUGCACGUAUUUUGGGAAUUGAAUUACGACUUUUUACCAAAUUAUGUGUAUAAUGCUGCUACUAACAGGUUUACCAAGUAUAAGGGACAUAUAGCUUUUACAGCACCGGUUCAUAGGGAGAAACCUCCCCAAAUGUCUCAUCACUAUCUUUGGGGCUCUAGAUAUUUAAAUGUCGCUUACACAACCCAGUACUCGCAAUAUUCAGGUUUUGUUGGACCUCAUCAUUUUCAUGCAAUGUGCAAGCUUCUCGGUUACCAAGGUAUUGCAGUGGUGAUGGAAGAAUUGUUAAAAAUUGUGAAAAGCCUUAUACAAGGGAAUUUACUGCAGUUCACAAAAACUCUGAUGGAAGCCAUGCCUAAAGUGUGCAAAUUACCGAGAUAUGAUUAUGGUUCUCCAGGAGUUUUAAGUUAUUAUCAUGCACAAUUAAAUGAUAUCGUACAAUAUCCUGACGCAAGAACGGAAUUAUUCCACAAUUUUCGCGAAUUUGGUAACACAAUACUGUUCUGCCUUCUAAUGGAGCAGGCUUUGUCGCAAGAAGAAGUUUGUGACUUACUACAAGCAGCCCCUUUUCAAAACAUCUUACCCAGACCUUUUUGUAAAGAGGGAGAAAAGCCAGAAACUAAACAAAAACGUUUAGAAAUCAAAUAUACUGCCUUACAAAUUGUUCCCAACAUUGAAAAACUUGGAACUGCUAAGCAAGCAAUGAUAUCCCGUGAAGGGGAUCUAUUAACCAGGGAAAGACUUUGUUGUGGUUUAUCUAUUUUCGAAGUUGUUCUCAGUAGACUCAGAAGCUUUUUAGAUGAUCCUGUUUGGGUAGGACCACCACCAACUAAUGGAGUGAUGAAUAUCGACGAAUGUACUGAGUUUCAUCGUUUGUGGUCUGCCUUACAAUUUGUUUACUGCAUUCCUGUUGGUGAAACUGAAUAUACUGUAGAGGAACUUUUUGGAGAAGGUCUUCACUGGGCGGGUUGUACCAUGAUCGUACUUCUUGGUCAACAACGUCGAUUCGAGGCUCUGGAUUUUUGUUACCAUAUAUUACGCGUGCAACGAGUAGAUAUGAAAGAUGAGAUUGUAAAAGGAAUUAGCCUAAAAAGAAUGGUAGAUAGAAUUCGGAGAUUCCAAGUGCUAAAUUCCCAAAUUUUUGCGAUUUUAAAUAAGUUUUUGAAAUCUGGCGAAAAUGAUGAAAUGUCAGUAGAGCAUGUGAGAUGCUUUCCGCCACCCAUGCACCCGUCAUUAACGGCACAGCAGCACUAUCACACCCCAGAUAAUUUAAGACAAGUUGUAAUGCAAUAGUUAAUGUAACUUUUAUAUUUCAUUUAUAUGUGACUUGUUAAAAUUGAUAAAACCCUUUAUAAAAAUCUGAUUUUUUAAUACAAUAGAUAGGUAGGCACACAAUACGUAUGUAUAUUAACAUGUAGCAGCAAUAGUACUGAUUUAGUAUUAUAAUAUGAUUAACUAUCGAUAACUGUUCUAAUAAAUAUUCGAAAUAACUUAG